AUGUUUGCUGACCCUCAUCAUUCUUUUGAUGGUUCCGGUCGCGGCCGUUCACGAAUACUUGGCUAUCUUGAACCACCACCACCAUCGAUAAUAUCAAAAUUAUCAUCAUCGAGAGAUUUUCAAGCAAAUUAUACCGAAGAAGAAAGACAAUCACAGCAACAAUUACCAAAACUUUUAGCAAAAUUAGUUCCAUACGACUCAGAUGACAAUGGAACUGAUGAAGAAGUAAAAUCAGGACAGCCAUAUAAGCAACAUUCAAUGAUUAAUUCACGAGAAGAUCAAAAAGGAGAAUUUCCAGCAUUAUUAUCAAAAAUAGAUGCAUAUAAGGAUGGUCAUCAUCAAGAAAUAUCUCAGACUACAAAACCAAAAUGUAAAUCAAUCAUCCCGGUUCCCAAAACGGUACCAAAAAUACUCGAAAGUGAACAAAAACAAUCAUCAGAAAAAACACUGCAAGAAGAUCACCACCAAUUUCCAAAUUUAUAUAUACGUCCUCGAUAUGACAAAUAUGAUCAUCAUUCACAACAAAAAUCAUCAUCUCAACAUCGUUCACAACUUGUUACAGUAUUACCAUCACAGUCGGCACAGUCGACUUCUAUUCUAAAUGAUGAGAAACAACCAUCAAAUAAAUCUUCGAAAACUGCAGUCUCCUCUACAGUUAAAAAGAAACAUCCUUCUCGCACAAAAAAAGAUGAUUGUUGUCUACUUCCGAUCGUUUGUGAACCUGUUGAAUUGCCACUUGUAUUAAAAGAUCAACGUAUACCACUUGUCUUUUUACCAUGUGUACAAUUUCCCGAUUCAUAUCAAUCACCAACGUGUCUAACUGUUCAAUAUUGGAAAAAAUAUUCACUUCAUUCAGUGUCAUUUCUACAAAAUGAAAUUGGCUAUUUUUCAACAGCGGAUAGAUCAAAUCGUUCUCGAUGUCGUGAAGAUUAUCGCUAUUUAAAACAUUUAUUAUACGAUUUAGAACAACGAAAAGUAAAAUUUGAUUUAAAUAUUGGUGCACCCUAUUUGGAACCAAAAGAACCACCAACAUCGUUAGAAUCUUUAUUAUGGUGGUUAAUAAAUCAUAAAAAAGACAUAUUUCGAAAUGAAAAAUUUAUAUUUGACUUUUUAUCAUGGCGUGGUACUCUUCGUAAAAUAAUGUGUCAAUCAUUGUUCGAUAAUAGCUGUGAUUGGCGAAUUGGUAUUAUUAAAUUUAAAGGAUGUCAUUUUAUUCAUAUUUAUCACACUGAAACAGAAUUGAAUAUUGAACAUUCACAAACAGCCAUAGAUAAAAGAAUGUGCUACUGGGAAAAGCCAGAGUUUAUUCCAUCACCAAAAAAACUAUUUUCUUCGGUAAAUUUGGCUAAUUUGGGCAUUCACACAAUGUUGUAUGGAUGUGAAAUUGAUGCGGUUACACGAGAUUCAAAAUUAGAUAUAGGUGAAAAAAAAUAUGUGGAAAUUAAAGUUGUUUAUGCAAAUAGUUUAAUUGAUUUACAUACAGAUUGGCAAGUGAUCGAAAUAAUAGGAAUGAAAAAUGAUAAUUGUAAAUUCUGUUUAAAUUUUAGUUCACGAAAAUAUGGUAAAUGGUGGGCACAAUGCUAUCUAACUGGUAUUCAACAAAUGUUAAUUGGCUUCCGUGAUGCAUUUGGAAUUGUUAAUUCAAUUCAACCGUUAUCACUGAAAGAUAUUGAGCAAAGAGCAAAAACAUGGAGUGCAAGUUCAUUUUUAUCAUUUUUAAAUGAAUUUUGUAUGUUUGUCAAAAAAACUGUAAUCAAUGAUUAUUUGGAUGAGAAAUUAUGUUAUUUAUUUUAUUAUUCUCCUAAAGAAAAAGUGAUUAAAUGGCGUUCAACAAAUGAGGAAAAAUAUCAGUUUUUGCCACAAUGGUUUAUUGAACAGUUUUAA